AUGUUGUCGACCGAUGUCCUCAAGCGCAAGCUCGCUGCUGUGACAAACACGCAGGCGUCAAUCAACAACCUGUCAACUUGGAUCAUCGAGAACAAAGCCUCUGCUUCCCAAGUUGUCGAAUUCUGGCUCACGCAACUUCAAAAAUCGGACAAUGAUCACCGGCUUACCCUUCUCUACGUCGCGAAUGAUGUUAUUCAAAACUGCAGAAAGCGGGGUAGCGAGUACAAAGAGCUGUCAGAAAACUGGAAAGAAGUGAUGCCCCGCGCGUUCGACUAUUUUUCGCACGAAGCAAUCCGUUCCGGUGUCGACAAAGUCCUCAGUGUUUGGGAAUCAAGAACGAUCAUGGACGCGGAGCGGAUCAAGCUACUCAAAGAGAAACUUGACAAUCCGGCGAACAACCAAAAUGGAUCUGGUAAAAACGAUCAUUAUGUUGAGCCCAACUUGAGUUUGCCUUUAGACAGUCCUGGUUCAGGAGAGCCAAGAGAGUUUCUGUACACAGAUUUGGUCGAAGCGAUAAGAGAGUAUUCAAAGUGUGAAAAUGAGUUGAAAUUGAAGAAAGAGCUGUUGGAAUCGUCCGGAAUUGAAGGAAGUGACCCAGAUCAACUUCUAGAGAAGGUGAAAGAACGAGGACACGGACACAGAGCUCGGCAAGAGUUAGAACAAUGGACACAGCUACUGCUUGAGUACGUCAGUUUGCAGGAAACAGCGAUAGAGAGAAGAAGGACCUUGCUAACUGUGCUUGAUCAGAGUUCUGGAUUUUAUGAGACACAAUUUCGAGAAGUAACGACGGUGCUAAAGGCCUACAAAGACUACCAAGAGCGCAUCAUUGCUCAGAAACGACGCUGUCAAGAAAUGAUGAAGGCCAAGUUCCCAGAGAAAGCGACCAACCUGACGCCUGUACAAUCACCCCAGGGAUCCCCAGAGUUGACGAUUCCGAUCAUGGUUCCUGUCAAUCAAGCGGUCGAGAUGAAUAUGUCGGAUUCAGCAAGCAGCUCCGAAGACGAAGCACUGCCAAAUUCACUUGCUUCCUUUUUCGCCCCUCAAGAGACACCUUCCAGCUCCAACCUCUCCGCCGCCGGUACCUCUGGCGAUCUGGACUCUCGCCUAGCAAAUAUUCUCAAUCCCCAGCAGCAGAGUACGCCUCGCCCGCGUGCAAGAGCUUCUCGCUGGGAUACAGGAGAAGCUUCUCAUGGACGUGCUCCACCACUGCCGCCACCUCAAAUGCUUAACCAGCCUCGUCUCAAUACACCACCCAAUGCUUAUGGAAAUCACGCCGGCAAUGAAGGAUUCAAUGGAAGCGUUCCAGACUGGCAAGCUCCGAAGCCGCCUCAGAAUCAAUACGAAAUGCCAGCCAGCUGGGGAAGUCCUCAAAAACAAUACGGUCAGAACGGACAGCAGAACAUGAAUAGCGGACCCCCUCGCGGCGGAUUCAGCGGAGGCCCCCACAGAGGAGGCUAUGCACCUCGAACACCUCAGGGACAACGCCCGCCACGACCACACUUCCAUUCUGAAGGACCCUACGGAAGAGGCCGAGGAGGUCCACGAGGCGGCCGAGGUUUCUUCACUCCCAGAGGAGAUAGAGGAAUGAGACGAUUUCGCUGA